AUGGAACCAAUUAAUAAUAUAAAUAAUAAUAAUAAUAAUAAUAAUAAUAAUAAUAAUAAUAAUAAAAAUAAUAAUAAUAAAAACAUUAAUAAUAAUAAUUCAAAAGUAUUCAUUGUUACUGGUAGUUCAAAUGGAUUAGAAUUUAGAGUUGCAGCAUUUACAAGAUCAAAAGAAGAUGUUGAAAGUAAAAUUAAAGAUUAUUAUUCAAAAAGUAAUGAAAAUAAUAUUGAUUACCAAUCAUCAUUAUUAGCAAUUCAAGUUGAUAUAAAAAAUCAACAAAGUGUUGAAAAAGGAGUUCAAGAAGCGUUGAAAUUAUUUGGUAGAAUUGAUGUUGUGGUUAAUAAUGCAGGUUAUUGUCAGUGGGGCAAUGCUGAAGAAGUGAGUGAUAAGGAUCAUAGGGAUAUCUUUGAUGUUAACUAUUUCUCAGUUAUAAAUAUGAUUAAAUCUACAUUACCAAUAUUAAGAAAACAAAAAAGUGGAUUAAUAUUGAAUGUUUCAAGUAUGGUUGGCCAUACUCCAUUUGUGGGUGUUUCAUCGUAUGUUGCUACUAAAUUCGCAUUGGAAGGGUUGACAUUUACACUUGCAAAAGAAGUUGAACCAUUUGGUAUUAAAGUUGUGUUAUUGUCACCUGGAAUAUUCAAGACUGAAUUAGGCCAAACUGAACAAUUUAGAAAUCUUGAAAAUCCAAUCCCAGAUUACUACCAAACUGCAUCACUCCAACAAACCUAUGACCAUAUUAAAAAUUUUAUGCAAUCUUCCAAAGGCUCACCUGAUAAAUUUGGUGAUUUUGUCGUUGAAAUCCACCAGCUUUAUGAACAAGGUAAACAAUUACCAUCAAACUUUUUCGUUGGUAGUGAUGCUAUUGAUACCAUUCAAAAACAUUUUACAGGUCUUUUAGAUGAAUUUAGUCAAUGGAAAGAUCUUUGUAUUUCCACUGAUGACAACAAUUAA